AUGGGCGACGGGUGGCCUUCCCUUUCCAACGCCUGCCCCCGCUGCCACCCUCUCGUCCGGACCUGGGCCCCCAUGCUCGGUGACCAGGCUGGGAAAUACGACGGGUGGGCUUGCUGCUCCUGUGCGACCCUCGUCCAUCAUCGUGCCGCCCUCACCACCACCACCACCACCACCACAAUCACGACGCGCCCGGGGCCUCGCCGCUGCUGCGUCUUGGCAGAGGAGAUCACUCAAAUUGCCGGGCCAUUAAAACACCCGGCCAUGCCACCCUCCUCCUCCUAG